UUGGUGGACAAUGAUGCAGAAGGGGUUUGGAGCCCUGAUAUUGAACAAAGUUUUCAAGAAGCUUUAGCUAUUUAUCCACCCUGCGGAAGAAGGAAAAUUAUACUUUCAGAUGAAGGGAAAAUGUAUGGUCGAAAUGAACUUAUUGCAAGAUACAUCAAGUUACGAACUGGGAAAACAAGAACAAGAAAACAGGUAUCGAGCCACAUUCAAGUUCUCGCCAGGAGGAAAUCUAGAGAACUUCAUUCCCAGUUCAAGACUCCUAGAGGAAAUGAAGGAGAACCAUGGCCGCCUUAUAAACCUCAGAUUAAUAACAUGGACCAAGCAACAAAAGAUAAAGUGUUGCAAAGUAUGGCAAGCAUGUCCUCAGCCCAGAUAGUAUCAGCAGGAGUUAUACCGAACAAUCCUUCACUUCUAUCCGGGAUCAGGCCGCAAUAUCAGAAACCUCAUUUUUGGCCUGGUGUUGCAGCUCAUUCUGAAGUACCAGAUAUAAAACCGUUCCGAACAGAUGCAUAUGCAAUUGCACAACAAGUCAACAGUGUGGCACAAGUAUCAUUGGGAGGUCAGAACAAUAUCAAUACAAAUAGCAAUGCAUUGAUGGCACUUGGUGGUUAUGGACCUCACAUUGCAAAUCAGGGCCCACCAUGGCAGGGAAGGCAGAUUGCAACACAUAUGUUGAGACUUGUUGACUUUUCAGCAUUUUUAGAACAACAACAUGAUGCAGAUAAUUAUUCCAAGCAUCUCUUUGUUCAUAUCAACCACUCAAAUCCAUCUCAUAGCGAUCCUUUACUGGAAUCAAUCGAUAUUCGUCAGAUUUAUGAUAAAUUUCCUGAGAAAAAAUCUGGUUUGCGAGAACUUUAUGAAAAAGGUCCAAAAGAAUCAUUCUUCCUUGUCAAAUUUUGGGCUGAUCUGAACGUGAACAUAGUAGAAGAUUCAAAUGCAUUUUAUGGAGUGACAAGUCAAUUUGAAUCAACUGAUGACAUGACAAUAUCAUGCUCUACUAAAGUCUGUUCUUUUGGAAAACAAGUUGUUGAAAAGGUUGAGACUGAAUACGCAAGGUUUGAAAAUGGAAGGUAUGUGUACAGGAUUCAUCGAUCUCCGAUGUGUGAAUAUAUGAUCAAUUUUAUAUUAAAACUAAAACAUCUACCUGAAACAUACAUGAUGAACAGUGUGUUGGAAAACUUCACUAUAUUACAGGUUGUAUCAAAUCGUGACACUAAUGAAACACUUUUGUGCAUGGCGUAUGUUUUUGAAGUUUCAACAUCUGAACAUGGAGCACAACAUCACAUUUAUCAAUUAGUUGGAGACACUAAACAAUGAAAUGUUCAAAUAGAUUCAAUCAUAUAAAAUUUUGUAAAUGGUGAAGGCCAAGGCCAACAGGGACAGAAAUCGGUACAAAGAAGUUGCCAUAACGAUCAGUCACCAUGGCGAUUCCCAAACGUUCCUCUUCCAUUUUUACACAAAGACAUAUGAUUUUUGGAUUGUUAGCAUGGUUGUUUAUGGUGGUAUUUUGAAAAAUAUUCAAACUAGGACAGUGAGGCGUUAUAUUAAUCAUGCUUUGUAAUAAUGAAAUAUCGCUCAAAUUUCAAAAUUUGACAAGUUAGCUUUCUUGUUCCAAAUUUUUUAAUCUGUGAAUAUUAUUUGAUGAUAACACUAAAUUAAUGAGGGUGUUUCAUAUAAAAAAAUAUUUAAUUAUAUUCUCCCAAAGGUGUCAUUUUAAGUGGAACACUGAUUCCUAAAAGAAUCUAAUAAAAUACAACUUUAGCUAACUUAUGGUUGACAAGCUUUCUACACAUAAAGCUUAUUGCUGUACUUUUCAUAUAUAUAUAUAUUUCAAGCGAAUUGUUCUGCUUUUCUUCUACGUUCACAAAAUUUCGAGCAGAAAUUCUUUUCUUGUAAAAUAUUUCGAUCAACAAAGAAAUGUGCAAGUUAUUACAUUAUCAAUUCCAGUGGUCCGCAUCUGUACACUGCUAUACUGAUGUUCAAUCUUAUGACUCUUACAGUUAGACAAAUGUCUUAGAUAAUUAAUAAAAUUUAAAAAUUUGAUACCCCAUAUUUUUUCAAAAAAUACAAUUUUUAAAGUUUUUCGCAUAAUAGAUUCGGGAUUUUUGAUAAAAUAUUGUACAUACAUUUUUUAUUCUCACUAAAAAAUAUAAUUUAAUAAAUGAAGGUUCCUUGAAUCAGAAAUGUUUUAUAUAAAUAAUCUUUGUUUCACCACAGAAAUCCAUCACUGGUGCCUAUGAAUGUGUGCUAUUUCACAGCUUUUAAAAUAUCUUGCUUUCAAGUGCUUUUAACAUUUUUUUGUUUUAUAAGUUUCAACCGAUAAAUAUUUGCCUUAUUUUUUGCAUUUUUAUUCAUAUUAAUUAUUUUACAAUGGUAUUUUAACAUUGAACUUGUAUUUUUUCUCAAAAAAGCUACAUAUUUUUAUCAUUUUACUAAAAAUGUAAUGUUCAAAAAUGCAUGGUACAUUUUAUCAAGUUCUGUAAUUUUCGGUGCGCAAGUAUUUCACUGUCAAAUCUAAGGUACUAGAUAGAUAUUUUCUGAUUUAAUGAUCUGAUACAGUUGAAAAUUUAGCUUAAAUGCAGAUGAGGCAAUGAUUCAUCUUGCUUCCUUGAUACAUAUUUCCAACAAGUGGCGAUGGCUAUUUAUUUUCAAGUAUUUGGCUCUGGAUAAAUCGAAAAAUGUGUAAAACAUUUCAUAUAUAUAGCAAAUUAUUUUGACAAUUUUUCUCUCCAUCCAAUGGUGUAGUUUCUGAUCCAAGUUUUUCUCAGUAGUAAUAAGUUCAGGCUAACCAUAACAAUACAACUUUUAUUUGAUCGUAUUUGGAUAUUCAGAGCUUGGUAUAAAUAGCCAUCUCAAUUAAACAAUUUUCCUAUCAUAUAGCCUUUGCCAAACGUUAAGCCUUGUUACAGCUAUUUUAAAGUAUGCCGAUCCCAUUAAGAAAUACCGGUUAUGAUCUGCUGCCUUUUCUGCUUAUCGGUUUUCUAUAAGUUUCACGCUUAUGUUAUAUUAAGUUGUGUUUUUACCCAUCUCACUGGUAUCAAAAAAAAUUGUGUGGCUUUUUACAAUCACUAUAUUAUGUUGAACAAUCUUUGACUGCAUGAAAUAAUUGCCAAUUAUGUAUCUAAAUUAACGAGUGCCUUUUAAAGUAUUUAAUUGAUGGUUACAAUUUGUCAUUUCAAGUUGAGAGUUUAUCAUUAUGUUACCCGUUAAAUAGUUUUGCCUGCUUUUCUACAAUUACUGUAUUAUACCUACUUACUUUUGAUAUAUCUAUCUGCCCUUGACUAGAGUAAUUCUUUACUUCUUAGGGUCUUUAGCCAGUGACCACCUUAAAAGGUGGUCAAUAGUUUCAGGUUGGUGUGACGUUAUACAAAAGCCCUUUUUUAACACAGAGAAAUGAACAUUUUGGAAAGUCAAAAUCUCGAUUGCUCAGAGUUAUUUUUAUACAAGAUAUAUCAGUGUCAAAAAAGGUUGAUUACAACUUGCGAGCAUUCUAAAAACAGAUAAUUUCACACAAUGCGUAACAAGUUUAAUUAUUUAUAUCACAUCAUAUAAGGUAGUCAACAUGUAGCCUGAUGCUAACCUCUCAACUUGAUUGACAGCAUUAACAAUGUAAUGGUUGACAAAUUUAUGUCGUUUUAGCCAAAUUUUGUACAAUUUAUCAAAGAACUAUGGAACUUGAAUUUUUUAUAUAUUUGUUGUAUAAAAUUUUUUGAAACCUAAUAAAAUGAUUUUCACAGAU